UCCGCGCGUCGUUGUUUGGGGUGGUAAUUUUAUUUUUGUUUUUCCCGGUGAUAUUUUUUCAAGGGACAAUUAUUCGAUUUUUCUCGAGACAUGUGACAGGGUAGUGAUAAAAGUGACAGAAGAAAAGGAGAUCGAUCAUAACCGUUUAAAUAUUAAGAUUAAGGUGACGUGUAUAAGAAAAGGGGAAUCAUAUAAUCGAUAAGAGAAUUUUCUGAUUUUGAAAAGGGAAAAAAGCUUUAUCAAAAAAGAAACGAACGAACGAACGAACGAAUGAAUAACAACCUAUUAACCUAUUUACUUGACGUAUUUAAUUAAUAAAUUCGUUAAUGGGGUAUAUCCGAAAUAAACAAAAAGCUUUGGAAUUUUGAAAGAUCUGAAAGCAAUUUUCUACUUUAGUGAGAAUAGAAGGAAAGGGAUGAAAAGGGAUGAAAAGGAAAGAGAAGAUAAGAGUAUAGUGGCGCGUCUCAAUUUAUUUUUAUUAUCUCUCAUAUACUCGGGAACAAAGAAACGAGAGGGCAAUAUCGUUUUUCGCAAGAAACGAUCUAAAGCUAAAUUGUACGUGGGGCAUGGGGCGUGGGGGUUGUGUGUGUGUAUACUUGCAGAUAUCAUGGGGAAGAGAAAAAUGUCACAGUAUAUAAUAACAUCCGCUUAAUUUGAACAGUUCGAACUGGAAGGAAGGAUCGAGCCUAUAAAAAAAAAAAGGAAGGACAUAAAUAAAUGGAAAUAAAACUAAAGAAAGGAAAAAAUAUGAUCCAUCAUAUAAAUAACGGAGCAAACAAAAUUAUAUAUCAAGAAUGCGAUUAGAGAUAGAAAUAAUAAGAAUAAGAAGAUUAAGAAGAAGAAGAAGAAGAAGAAGGGGAAGAUAAUCGAGUUAGUUAUUUGGAUCUUUCGCCCGAAAGUAUCUCUCUCACUGGGGAAAGAAAGGUUAUAUUUUUCCUUGUACGAAAGAAAAGGACCAAUCUAAGAAAGAAUAUUUAUAAACGAGAACCCAAAGUCUUUUUUUUUAUUACGAUGCGUAUAACUAUCCAAAAAAAAAUGCGAUAAAAAUGAAAGAAUAAUUAAAAGAAGAUAAUAUAUCACGCGAAAAAGAAAGAGAACAAGAUAAUAAUAAUAUCUUUGUUAAAUAUUUUAUUUAAUAAAAAAAACAAAAACCACCUCGUCGAACAAUUCAAAAUCAAAAAAGGUGUAUCGUUGUAUUUUAUCGAUAGAGAAAAAAAAAACAUAAAAAAAACAAACAAUAGAAAAUAGAAAAAGAAAGAAUAAAGAAAACAUAACAAUGGCGGAAGAAACAUUUCGUCGGAAAACUCGAUCGGCCUCGAUUUGUGCACCUGGUUUUUCCAGUAUGGAACAAAUGUUAGGUACCAUACCACCCUCGGGAGCUAAGGAAAGAGACAAGAGCGAUCGUGAAAGAGACAGUGGUAGCGGUACUCCUGAUAGCAAUACACCAACCCGAAGACGAAGACCAGCAACGAGAUCUCAAAGUGCAAGAGUUUCCGGAGCAAGUAAAAGUAUUCGACGAAGGGCAGCACAAGCAGCAGAUCAGCAUCAUCUUCAUCAUCACGAGGGUAGCGUUAAAUCUCCCCAUUGCAGUAGCGAACCCAAAUUAACGAACGCCGAUGUUAGUCCAGCAUGCAGAAGAAGGGGAAGUAGAAGAGGUCAGAGUAUGCAUCAUGCUCAACAAAAGAAAAGCAACGAUUUCCUUGACGUUCCCGUAGCAUCUAUGCAAUUAUCACCAAGGGAAGGUGAAGAUGAGGAUAGUUAUAGGCUUCGAAGCUUUAGUUUAACGAGAAAAG